UAUAAAAGUCCAUACAUAUUUUAUAUGCUGUUUAGUUAUAAUUUUGGUGGAUCGUGAAGUAGUUUUGUGUGUGACUCAAUUAAUGAUGGGAAAUUUCAAAAUUUCAAGUUUUACGGCAUUGUUGCUCAUCGGUCUGUUUGCUACACCCACAAGUGCGCAUUUCAAGAAGAAGUUCGGUGGCUUUGGCGGGGGAUUCGGCGGUGGUUUCGGCGGUGGUUAUAGUGGUGCUUAUGCCUCCAGUAGCGUUGUAAACAACUAUCAAGUGGCACCAGUGCCAGUCGCUGUACCAGUUUCGGUACCACAGCCCAUUCCCGUGCCUAUUACGAAGGUAGUGCCUGUGCCGGUGCCAGUACCGCAGCCCGUUUGGCCCAGCGGUGGUUGGGACGGCGGCUAUGGUGGCUAUGGUGGUGGUGGCAGCUUCGCCAGCGCAUCUGCUUCUGCAUCGGCAUCUAGUUUCGGUGGCGGCUAUGGUGGUGGUUUAGGUGGCCUUGGUGGUUACGGUGGACACGGCGGUUUCGGUGGACACGGUUUCGAUGGACACGGUUUCGGUGGUCACGGUUUCGGUGGCUUCGGAAAACAUGGCUUCGGAGGCUUUGGCGGAUUUAAACGUCGUUAAAUUUUAUUAAGUUUAUUGUAUUAUUUGUAUUUAUUUUUUAAUUACUUGUUAAAUAAAAUUAUUUAAAGAUUUAAAGAU